CAAGUAUAAAAGAAUGCAUUCAAAGACUAGAAUGCCUCAUAUUGGAGGUGUCUUACUUCCAAUACUGAGUCGCAUACUAGUGGUGUCUUUAUUAUUUUCAAGAAUUACAGCUGCACCUACUGCAGAGGUUACAGAGACCAUUUUCGAUGCCAAUGUGAAAGAUUUCAUGACCUUUGAGGAUUCUAGCAAUGUCUUGUUUCUUGAUCCAGAUAAUGGCGAUCUUUACUUGUCAAAGGACAAUGGCCAAAACUGGCAAAACGGAGAUGUCCCCGACCAGAAUUGCCAAAUUACAUCUCUUUAUAAGCAUCCCUAUGUAAACUCCCGUUUAUUUGCUUUGACGGACUGCAAUUAUGUUUACUACAGUUACGACAAUGGCGAUUCUUGGAAUUACUUUCUAUUACAAUACCAAGCAAAUCCAUCUCAAAUCCCUUUCCACUUUCAUGCAGGAAAUCCAGAUUAUGUGAUCUUUAAUAACAUGCACUGUUCCUCAUCGGACAGCUGGGUUGGAAGGGUUUGUCGACCUGAUAUAUACUACACCAAUGAUGGCUUUGCUUCAGGAGCAAAUUCAGUACCAGUAGGCAUCUCAUACUGUAUUUUUUCACACUCAACAGAACUCAUGGAGGUGGAUUCAGAGGAGCAAAUGAUAUGUAUUUCCGAAGACCCACAGAAAUUAUCCCGUCCGCCCUUUAACCACCGUUUAAUAUCUACCAACGACUGGUUUGAUUCCUUAAUUCCUAUUCGACUACAUCAUCUUCUUGGUUCUGAUGGUGUCUAUGGUGUGCUUACUACCGGUUCCUUCAUAAUAACUGCUCUGCUAGAUGCUGCCACCAGAAAAUUAUUUGUAUACGUUUCUAAAGACGGAAUUAAUUGGCAAGAGACUUUAAAAUUUCACAAAGGAUUUGAGUUUGACGCUUUCACAAUCCUACCCUCGACUGAGUAUGCUUUAAUGGUGGACAGUUUGGAUUCUCAUCCUAACAACCCCACUGGCCUUUUGUAUUCACUUGAUUUUGACUCAAGCACAUUUGUUCUUCGCAAGUCUGGUACAAACAGAUACUUUGAUGGCUACGUGGAUUUUACUCAAGUGAAUUACGUUGAUGGACUGAUGUUUGUAAAUUCGGUUGAGAAUUUGAAAGAGGUUGAGUCAAAUCCAAUCACUGAAAAACUGUUAAACACAUAUGUCACUUAUAACGGUGGUAAAUCAUGGUCGACUUUGACUCCUCCUUCAAAUGCUUGCGAUAAAUAUGACGAUGAUUGUUCCUUACAUCUCUACAUGGAUCCUCAUUCUUCGUACGGAAUCAAAUUCUCACCUUUUGUUCCUGGAGUUUUACUUGCUUUGGGUUCUACAACCCCACAUUUAUCACCUAAGGAAGAAAUGUCAUUAUUUGUGUCAGAAGAUGCUGGUCGUACGUGGGCUAUAAGCCGAUCCGGGUUUAACUUAUUCGCUAUGUCUGGUUUUGGUACCAUCUUUUUUGCCUGCGAAGAUAAAAUAACAAAAGAUGUAUAUUACUCCCUUAAUCGUGGACGAACCUGGAUAACUUUAAGUUUGGAUAGACCCAUUCGACCCCUAAAAGUCUACCCUUCAGAAGACCCUUAUUCGAAUAUUUUCUACCUAGUUUCUGAAGCUGAAAAUGAUGGCUCAAAACGUCUCAUCUAUUCUUUUGACUUUGGAAAGUUUUUGAAAGAAUGCCGCUAUAGUUCUCAUGAAUCAGGAAAAAACGACUUUGAAUUAUGGUACACAAAUUAUGAGAACGGAAAACCUGCCUGCUCCGAAAUGGGAAGAGUUGAAUCUUUUUGGAGAAAAAAACCGGAUGCUCUUUGCUCUGCACCAAAAUCUCUGAAAAAGGUUCAUCACUCUACAAAAGAUUGUGAGUGUAACGAAUCUAGUUAUGAAUGUAAUACACAGUUUUCUUCAAAUGAAGAUGGAACCUGUGAAUUGCUACCUUUUGUCGGUAGCGUAAUAUGUGCUGCUGAAGACGGAAAAAGCUUUGAAAAAUUUCCGUAUCGACGUAUUCCUGGUAACACUUGCAUAUCGAAGAAAAAAGGGGAUUUCGAGAAUCCUAAAUCUUUUAGUUGUGACGAUUUUGUUGCGCCUGGACGCGAGCUUUCUGCUAGCAUUCACGAUUUUCCAGAAGAGCUUAUUGAUAUAAUUUACCUUGAAGGAACAGUCCCAGAAGAGAAAACCUUCUUAAUCGGUCUUUCCAAAAGUUCUUAUGUUUAUUUUAGCUCUGACAGCGGAAAUACCUGGAACAAAUUUACUAGAGAAAAAUUUGUUGGAAUUUAUCCAGACUCCUACCAAAAGAAUACAGUCUAUCUAAUUAGUCAUAGAAACGAUGUCUAUUUUACUAAUAAUAGGGGUAAAAGCUUUUACAAAUUUAAAGCACCUACCUCUUUAAAUCAUAAUGGAAAAUUAUCGCUAAUGCCCCAUCCGACACGUCCUUCUUGGUUGAUGUUUACUGGUGAGUCAGGAUGCGAGAAGGGUCCUUACUCCGAGACAUGCCAUGAUGUCGUGUUUUAUUCUUUGGAUUAUGGCGAUAACUGGACUCAGUUGUCUGAUGAGUAUGAAUAUUGUUCUUGGAUAAGGGGUGAAAAUCUUUUGGUGGAUGAUUCUCUGAUUUUUUGCCUUCGGACAAGCGAAGAGGAUAUUUUUCAGAAGAAUCUGUAUGCAUCAACUGAUUUCUUUGAAACAACUGAAUAUGAAAUAAUGGAAAACGUUGUUGGAUUUAUGAUUGAAGACAAGUAUGUCGUAUUGGCAGUUCAGGACAAUGAAGGAAGCUCCUUAUCUCUUCAAGUUUCCAUAGAUGGAUUGGAUUUCGCAUCUUGUGAUUUCCCUGGCUAUCUAAAUGUUCAUCCUAAACAGUCAUACACAAUUUUGGACUCUACAACUCACUCGCUGUUUAUUCAUGUUACUACUUCAUCUCGACUAGGUUCCGAAUGGGGUGACGUCCUAAAAUCCAACUCAAACGGAACAUAUUUUAUGACUUCUUUGGAAAAUGUAAACCGUGACUCAACUGGUUAUGUUGAUUUCGAACGUGUAGAAGGAGUUCAAGGAGUUGCUUUGGCUAAUAUUGUCAGUAAUGUUCAUGAGUUAGGAGAAGGAGGAGAUAAAAAGCUUCAUUCUUUGAUAACGUUUAACGAUGGCUUAGACUGGAAACGUUUGAAUUUAGUUGAUGGAGAAAAAAUUUCGCCUAAAUGUGGUAAGAGCUGUCAUCUUAAUCUUCAUGGAUAUACCGAACGGAAUCAAUUUUCUGAUCCCACCUCCUCGAGUGCAGCAGUUGGAAUCAUGAUUGGUGUCGGUAGUUUUUCACCUUCUUUGCUUCCUUAUGAGGAAUCGCAAACCUUUAUAUCAAGAGACGCCGGAGUGUCAUGGUAUCGCAUAUUUGAUUCUCCGCACUUGUGGGCUUUCUUGGAUAGUGGGUCUUUGAUCGUAGCUGUAGAGAGCAUGUCACCGACAAAUGUGAUUAAUUACUCCGUUGACGAAGGACGAACUUGGAAGGAAUUUGUAUUCUCGGAUGAAGAAAAAGUAGUGGUGGACGUGAGCACUAGACCCUCUGGUAUAGGACAUGAAAUUCUUUUACUUACAUCGGAUGACGAGAACUCUCCUACUUCCUCGGUGUAUAUAGAUUUUGAUCCUUUAUAUCGACGAGUCUGUGAUUUCGACUUUGAAAAUUCAGACAAAGGUGACUUUGUCAAAUGGAUUCCUACAGAUUUAGAAGGAAAACAAAUGUGUCUUCUUGGUCGAGUAUCCUCAUACUUCAGAAAGAAUCCCGAAAAAAAGUGUAAAAUCGGCGCCUCUCUUUCGAUCAAGGAAGAAGUAAUUCGUCGCUGUCAGUGUACUAGAAUGGAUUUUGAAUGUGAUUACAAUUUUCGCCGGAUGAAGGAAGGUACUUGCGUUUUAGUUCAUGGUCUUCAACCCCCAAAUACUAAAGAUGAACAGUGCGCGGUAGAGGAUGCUGUGCAGUGGAAAGAAUCUACUGGUUAUAAACGCACUCCGAUGACUUUUUGUGAAGGCGGACUACCACUUGAUUCUGGACAAACCCAUGCUUGCCCAGGUAAAGAAAAAGAAUAUGAAAAGUUGCAUCCUAAACCUGGAAGGUGGAGCAUCAUUUUGUCGGUUUCCUUUUCAAUAUUGUUAGCUGCUAUUUUGGGUUAUAUUUUAUAUCGGUACUCUCAACAGUAUUUGAAAGGGGCAAUUCGACUAGGUGUUGAUUCCGAAGGCGAUGGUCCUAUAAAUGGUAGUAUUUCGUUCACGAAAGGAAUCUUUGCUUCUGUUCCUAUUUUUUUCAUCGCCCUUUAUCAAAGAAUACGCUCCAUAUUUGUUAGACCCGUUUCAUCAGCUCCUGGGUAUGAAAGUGCGGCCUUUCUAGAAAAUUAUGAAAUUGAUGAUGAAGACGACGAAAACGUUUAAUUUGAUGACAUGUUGUGCUAUUUCAAUUUAUUUGACGGUUAGAAAAUAUACCAUAAACUUUCAAUGGUAACUCUGUAUAGACUAAAAUUAAACAUAUCUUACAUACUUCAAUAUAAUUGACAUGAGAUUAUAUACUAUUAUUUAUUGCAAA